AUGGAAGAACAAAACGCGCAUUUCAGACAUAUUUCAUUGUAUUAUUUCCGAAAAGACAAGAACGCAUCGCAAGCGCACAAGAAGUUAUCUGCCGUAUAUGGGAAUGAGGCCUCGAAAGAAAGGCAGUGUCAAAAUUGGUUUGCCAAAUUUCGUUCUGGUAAUUUUUCACUGAAAAAUGCUCAACGAUCUGGCCGUCCAGUUGAAGAUGAUGAAACCCAUAUCAAGGCCACUAUCGAUUCAGAUCGUCAUAGCACAACGCGUGAGAUUGCAGAGAAGCUCAAUGCAUCGCAUACAUGCAUUCAAACAAAAAUUAAAACAGCUUGGAUAUGUCAAGAAACUCGAUUUAUGGGUCCCUCAUCAGCUUAA